AUUUGACGCAUUCUAUAAAAUGAAACAGAAUAGUAAUAACGAUCUUAAUAAGCCGUGGCAAAUUAAAAAUAAAAUACCUAGAGAAGAAGAUGCUAACUCUACCGGCUCUAUGAAAUCAAUUGAUAAUAAUUCAAAUACUAAAUGUUUAUUUAAAUCUGAUACACUGCAGCGUUCUUUCUUUUAUGCGGGAAAUCAAAAUCUCAGCAAUAACAUUUCAAAUCACAUCAAUAAUAAUGUUCAAAGCAAUAAACUUAGUUUAGGACUUAAACCCUCAACCACAAAGAACUUUGUUAAUUAUUAUUCUGACAGUAAUGAUGAAGAUGAGGGAAAUAGUCAAAAUUGCAACUCAAAAAUUAUUUCAAACCUUUUCAAAUCUUAUGAUGAAAAAUUAGAAAACGCCAAAGUAUUACAAUUGGUAAAAGAGACGCUUGAUCAAUCCUCCGACAACACCUGCCUUAUUUGUAUCGGUACUAUCAAGAGAAAGCAUCCCAUUUGGAGUUGUUCCUCUUGUUAUGCUUUAUUUCAUUUGCAAUGUCUUCAAACGUGGAUCAACGACGGUGCUUACAAAACCGCCAUAAACCCUAUAAUCAGAUCAGAAUUCGAUUUGGAUAUCAAAUGGACCUGCCCAAAAUGUCGCCAGGACUACGAAAAAAAUCAAAUCCCCAAGGUUUACACUUGUUUUUGUGGAAAAGUCGAAAACCCUUCGUAUAAUCUUAGCAUUGAUAAUUGGGUUCUGCCUCAUUCGUGCGGCAACACAUGCGGUAAAACAUUAAAAUCUUGCGUCCACACUUGCCUCUUACUUUGCCAUCCCGGUCCUUGCCCGCCUUGUCCCAAAACUAUCAACCUUAGUUGCCACUGUGGCUCCUCGGCUCCCCACAUCAGACGAUGUGCAGCCUCUGCUUGGUCCUGCAGUCAAAAAUGUAGAAGAAAAUUGAAUUGUGGCCAUCACACGUGUGCGCUAAAUUGCCAUUCUGGUCCUUGCCCGACUUGUAAAAAAGAGAGUUUACAGACUUGCCUAUGCGGUCGGGGCUUGGAAAAGAGAUCGUGCCAAGACUCAUUAUGGCAAUGUGAAAAAAUAUGUGACAAACCUUUUUCCUGUGGUUAUCACGAAUGCGAGAAGGUAUGCCAUGCCGGCCCAUGUUCAAUAUAUUGUCCCAAGUCGGGAGAAAGAAGUUGUCCUUGCGGAAAAAUCAAACACAAAGGUAUACCCUGUUUUAAAGACGUUCCUUGUUGCGGUCAAACUUGUGAUAAACCUAUGCCUUGCCGUCUUCAUAAAUGCCCCGAAAGAUGUCAUAUUGGUACAUGCGGAUUAUGUACUUACUCGGUGUUAAAAACUUGUCGUUGUGGGUCAGCUAAAAGAACAUUACUUUGUCACAAAGAUUACAUCUGUGAUAACAAAUGCGAAAAAUAUAGGAAUUGUGGUGUACAUUUGUGUAAAAGAAAGUGUUGCAAUGGGAAUUGUAAUAAUUGCGAUCAGGUAUGUGGUGCAACUUUGAACUGCAGAAAACAUAAAUGUACUAGCCCAUGUCACAGAGGUAUGUGUUAUCCCUGUCCUUUGACCAUGAAAAUCUCAUGUGCUUGUGAAAAGACGGUUAAAAGCGUUCCAUGUGGUAAAGAUAAUCAUAUUAAACCUCCGGCCUGUAAAGAAAUUUGCAAGACUAAACCACGUUGUCACCAUGAUGUAUUAAAAGAGCAUUUGUGUCACUUUGGACCUUGUCCUCCAUGCGAAUUAACUUGCAACAAAGAAUUACUAUGCGGGCAUAAAUGUUUGCAAGCCUGUCACGAUUUUCAAUACGUUUUUAAUGAACCCACAACUGCUAAUAAAGAAGCAAACUAUCAGAUUACAACAAAAAAACGAAACGCUCCUUGGGAACCCAAAAUCGAGCUUAAAUUAACUCUUACGAAUUCUGAGUGCCCCCCUUGCAAGCAGCUUAUCGCGUUGAAAUGUUUAGGAAAUCAUAUGACCAAGAAUUUUGAAUGUAAUGAGGCAGAGCGUAUAGGCUUCGUAUUUUCUUGUGGCGUUGAGUGCGGUCGCAUUUUACAAUGUGGCAAUCAUACCUGCUCAAAAAUUUGUCAUUCUAACACUAAAGACUUAGACGAUCAGUGCGAGAUUUGCGAAAAUCCAUGUCAAAAAUCUAGACCGAUAUGUUGUAAUCACUCUUGCGAUAAACUCUGGUGUCACCCUGGCCCAUGUCCCGAAUGCUUUAAAAUGGUGAAAAUUGAUUGUCAUUGCAGUUUAAACAAAGUUUAUAUAGAGUGCUUAACUUUUAGAAACCUUAGAGAGACGAAAGGGAAUCUAGAGAGAAAGAAGGAUUGCGGGGAUAUGACUGACAAUUUCAUGGAUGACCCAUUAUCUUGUAAAAAUAGAUGUCCCAAGCUGUUAACUAAAUGCGGACAUAGAUGUACUCAAAUAUGUCACCCACCACCUUGUGCUGCAGACACUUUAGAUAAUGUUAUUAAUUCUCAAGACAAGCAUAAUAGUGUUAAAAAAAUAUGUACGGCAAAAGUUAAAGUUUAUUGCCCUUGCAAAAAAAUUAAAAAACUUUUAUCUUGUCAUCAAGUCAAUUACAAAGGCUAUAAUGUAUCAUGUGUACAAUCUUGCAGUGGGAUAAAUGAUGAAGCUCAAAAUAAUGAAAACAUCCAAGAGAGCUUUAACAAAUGCCAUGAUGAUAUCCUUAUUGAUAAUAAUAAAUUCAAAAGUAAUUGUACGAAUAAUUUUUUUGUUGUCUUUGGAUCCGCUAUAAUGCUUCUGAUAGCUGUGAUUAUUUAUCAUAAAAUGUUUUAG